AUUUAAGUCAUUAUGAGAUUAUUGCUGAAGAGUUUGCACACAAAUGAGUGUAUUCUGCGGUCACACGUAUUGUCGACCAAAUGCGGGAUCAAUUGGAGACACUUGUCGUCCGUUUCGACAAUCAAUCAAAACGUGAUUAAAGAAAAUAAAUUGAAUGCAAAGCCGACCAGAAAUGAGACGAAAGCCAAUUGGAUCCCAUUCUCGAGACCCAAAUACGGCAACUUUACGCAAGAGAUGCCACAACUGGACAAUCAGUUCACUUCGGAUCCAUUCCUUCAGAAGUAUUUGCAAAGAGUUCUCCCAAAAGAAAUGUAUAACGAGAUUAGCGGCGAUUUGAGCCGAUUUGGCGGUCGUGUGGCCACAGAUAUCAACCAAUUGGGACUCGAGUGCGACAAACAUUUGCCAAAACUGAUCCAACAGAACGCUUGGGGGCAGACAUGCAAUGAUCUCUAUGUGUGCAGCGCUUGGAAACAACAGAAGACAGUGUCGGCCGACGAGGGAAUUGUGGCCAUCGGUUACGAACGCAAAUACCACGAGUUCUCGCGUUUGUAUCAAUUCGCCAAACUCUUCCUCUACGCCCCCUCUUCUGGUCUGUACUCGUGUCCCAUCGCUAUGACAGACGGCGCCGCCAAGACUAUUGAGUCACUCAAACUCACUGACCAAUCGUUUUACGAGGAUAUUUACCACCGACUGACCACUCGUGACGCCAACACGUUCUACACGUCCGGCCAAUGGAUGACCGAAAAGGGCGGCGGAUCUGAUGUCGGU